ACAAUUCCUCGCUCAUUUUAACGUCGUUGACCGGAAUUGCUCUUGUGCCCGUUUUCAACAUGGCCCACCUGCACGAGCACAACGCGUCCGCCCAGCAGGGCGUGCCGCUCAGCAACGACCUGGCCCUUCACAUCUCCCAGGAACACCAGCAUGAGCACGUGCACCAUAGCCCACGUGCGGCUCACGACGACAACAUCACGUACACGGUUGGAACCACUGACGACAAGAGCGUCAUUCCCGACCCAGGUGCGCAAGACCAUGGCCUGCACCACCGGCUUCCUGAAAAGCAUGGUCUGCAUGAACAGGGCGCGUUUGAGAAAAACGCCGACAUCGAUUUUGAAGAGAAGGGCACGCGUGGUAGCUCCACAGAUCCUGAGCCCGAAGUGGAGAAGAAGAGCAAAUGGUCGCUGUCCGUGCUCUACAGGCAAUUCAGGCUGCCGGUGCACAUCUUCAUUGGUGCUUUGUUCACUGGAUGGUGGGUUGCGUCUGUCGUCGUGCAUCGCCAUGACAAGAACUGGGUCAUUCCGUUCUUGUUCUGGUUGGCGAUCAUGAUUCGUCUCAUCACGUGUCACAUCCCAAUCACCAUCGUCACCAAGCCCAUGCACUGGGUCUGGAACAACACUGGAGUCAGGAUCGGAGAGCUUGUCCCUGAGAAGCUGCGUGUCCCUGCGGGCGCUGCUCUCACCAUUUCCGUUAUCAUUGUUGGAUCCAUGGCAAGCGAGGAGAGCCAGGACAACACGCGUGCCAACCGUGCCGUUUCUCUCUUCGGUCUGGCUGUGUUCAUCUUCGCAUUCUGGGCCACUUCCCGCAACAGGAAGAUGAUCAACUGGCACACCGUUAUCGUUGGAAUGCUGGUUCAGUUCAUCGUCGCCCUUUUCGUCCUAAGAACUGGCGUUGGUUUCGACAUCUUCAACUUCAUCUCCGAACUUGCUCGUCUGCUUCUCGGAUUUGCCAACGACGGUGUUACCUUCCUUACUGACGCGACUGUUCCCCAGAAGCCCUGGUUCUUCGUUAGUGUCAUUCCGGCUAUCAUCUUCUUCGUGUCGUUCGUCCAGCUCCUGUACCACUGGGGUCUGAUUCAGUGGUUCAUUGGCAAAUUCGCCGUCUUUUUCUUCUGGUCCAUGCGCGUCUCCGGUGCCGAGGCUGUCGUCGCUUCCGCUUCGCCUUUCAUUGGUCAGGGUGAAUCCGCUAUGUUGAUCAAGCCUUUCGUUGCCCAUCUUACGAUGGCCGAGCUUCAUCAGGUCAUGUGCUCUGGUUUCGCCACCAUCGCCGGUUCCGUCCUGGUUGCCUACAUCUCCAUGGGCCUGAACCCUCAGGCGCUCAUUUCGUCCUGUGUCAUGAGUAUUCCGGCCUCGCUCGCUUUGUCCAAGCUUCGUUAUCCUGAAGAGGAGGAGUCUCUUACCGCUGGACGUGUUGUCAUCCCUGACGAUGAUGAGCACAAAGCCGCGAACGCUCUCCAUGCGUUCGCUAACGGUGCUUGGCUUGGUAUCAAGAUCGCUGGUAUGAUUGUCUGCACGCUCCUCUGUAUCAUUGCGCUCCUGAACUUGGUCGACGGUCUUCUCACCUGGUGGGGCCGCUAUAUCAACCUUGAUGGCGAGUACGACCUCACCCUUGAGCUCAUCCUUGGAUACCUCUUCUACCCCAUUGCUUUCCUUCUCGGUGUAUCUCGCCAGGGCAAGGACUUACUCCUCGUUGGCCGUCUCAUUGGUGUCAAGGUCAUCACCAACGAGUUCGUUGCCUUCACCUACCUCCAGUCGAACGACGACCCCAAAUCUGAGUACCACAGCCUUUCUCCCCGAUCCCGUCUCAUCGCCACCUACGCGUUGUGCGGUUUCGGUAACAUCGGUUCGCUCGGUACUCAGAUUGGUGUGCUCAGUCAGAUCAGUCCCGGUCGCAGUGGUGAUGUCUCUCGUCUCGCCAUGUCCGCUCUUAUCUCCGGUGUCUUCUCGACAUUGUCCAGUGCCAGUAUUGCCGGUUUGGUCGUCACUGACCAGGAAAGGUUCUCGAGCGGUUCGUAAGCGUUGUCGAAAAGUAUUGGAAGCUUGGCGUUGUGGAUGUCUCUUGUUGAGGACUCAAAAUGUAAUGUUAGUUGCUAGUUAAUGAGCGUAUACCCAAGUAGAGGAGUGGACCAUGAAGCAAUCGUUCUACAU